UUGAUUUUGUAUCCCGUCUGUUCCCUACCGUCUGCUGGUUGAGAAUGCCGGUCGGUCGUUCGGGCAAGAAGAAGAGCCAGGCGCCUUUCUUCAGUCAACAGUUUUUCAUAGAAAACCACGCAGACAUAGUGUCAUGUGUCUGUAUGGUAAUAUGCGUUGGAAUGAUGUUCCAGGUCUCGCAGCCUUUUUCUAGUAUGUUUGUGGCAGCUCAGUACAACAUAACUACUAAUAUCACAGAAGGGGAAGACAAACCGCCUGAAACUCUCUACUUGCUGGGAGCCAGGGAUGGGUUUACUGUAUUCUUCUACACUCUCAUCUGGAUCACUUUACAUGCUGUACUUCAUGAAUAUAUUUGGGAGAAAUGGUGUCGCCGCUUACAUCUUUCCAAGACAAAGACAACAGAAUUCUAUGACAGUGGCCAGCUGGCCGUCUACUAUCUGCUGUCCACAAUUAUCGGAGCCACCGUUCUUCAACGGCGAGAGUGUUUUAGUUCGCUCUCACUUCUGUGGAGGGAUUAUCCUGACAUUCCUAUAAGUUUUAUUGAGAAGAUGUAUUACAUCAACCAGAUUGCAUACUGGAUGCACUGGUUUCCUGAACUUUAUCUUAUGAAAGCUAAAAGGCACGAGAUCAAGGACAAAGUAGUUUUCUACACACUCAGUCUGGCUUUCAUCUUGACACAUUACUCAUUCAGCUACAUCCGUCUCGGCAUCUUCUUUCUCACUGUUCACCAUCUGGUUGAGUGUCUCAACUACACAGUGCAAGUCUUGGAGUUGGCCGGAAAGCAGCAAUCUGCACAGCCACUACACUCUGCCUGGUCUGUUGUGUUCGUUGUCGCAAGGAUUGCUACAAUGACUGUUGCUGCGGCUGCCUUUCUGUUUGGCUUGCCGAAGGUCGACGGGAACAACCUGGAAGUCGGAUUUGAAACUGGAAAUUUUAAUAUUCCUGUUGUCAGAUUUCCUCUCUUUGCCGCCAUUAUUGGCAUCAGUUUAUAUCACACGUGGGACUUUGUGAUGUUUCAAAUAAACAUCCGUCAAGAUGCACUAGAACAGAAAGAAUCGAUGGAAAAAGAACGACAGCGGCAGCGCGAGAAGAAGAAGAACCGUCGUGAUCAGGAUGCCAGACGACGCAAAAAGGAGGAAGAAGAGGAGACGAAGGCGUCGAAUGAGAGCAGCACCGUAGGACAGUCUAGUCCACGUAAACGAGAGGGUCGCAAGUAGUGAGUGCUUGGUGUAGCACUGGUCUAGUGGCAUCAACUGUGUUUGUUGCGUGAGUGAUGCUGUUUGUUGAUGAUUAUUGUCGACGUUGACAGUUAGAACAUGACAGCUGGCAUAUGUGA